CGGAAGCGGAAGCGGCUCUGUUCGCCGCCUCUCCCACCGGCCCGAUGAGCUGCAGCGGCUCCGGCGCGGACCCUGAACCGGCGCCGGCCUCCGCCGCUUCGGCCCCGGGCCCAGCGCCCCCGGUGUCAGCUCCCACCGCGCUGCCCGCCAGUACCGCCGCAGAGAACAAGGCCAGCCCCGCGGGGACAGCAGGGGGACCUGGGACUGGAGCCACGGCUGGGGGCACGGGACCCUUGGCGGCGCGGGCCGGGGAGCCAGCCGAGCGGCGCGGGGCGGCUCCGGUGUCGGCGGGCGGCGCGGCGCCCCCAGAGGGGCCCAUGUCUAACGGGGUUUACGUACUGCCGAGCGCGGCCAACGGAGACGUGAAGCCAGUGGUGUCCAGCACGCCUCUGGUGGACUUCUUAAUGCAGCUUGAGGAUUACACGCCUACGAUCCCUGAUGCAGUGACUGGUUACUACCUGAACCGUGCUGGCUUUGAGGCCUCAGACCCACGCAUAAUUCGACUCAUCUCCCUAGCUGCCCAGAAAUUCAUCUCAGAUAUUGCCAACGAUGCCCUACAGCACUGCAAAAUGAAGGGCACAGCCUCUGGCAGCUCCCGGAGCAAGAGCAAGGACCGCAAGUACACUCUAACCAUGGAAGACUUGACCCCUGCCCUCAGCGAGUAUGGCAUCAAUGUGAAGAAGCCGCACUACUUCACCUGAGCCACCCAACCUAAAUGUACUUGUCUGUCCCCAUGUCCCCACACCAGCCUGUUUUCAUAAUAAACUUUAUUGUGACAGGCGGGGCUGAUCCCUCCCA